UUAUCGCGACAGGUUCGUCUAUGUCGUUUGUACGCACGUUUCGCGACGCUCAUCAAAUAUUCUCGCGUUACCGUUUCGAAAACUCUUGCCAGUGAAAUCGAGAUCCGUCGUCGUAGCUUUGUGUAACAAAAGGACGCUUUUAAUCGGGCGUCGCGUUUUCGGAGUGACUUGGAAACCAUCGGGCGCGCGCGCUCGCGCGUCGUCUCGAGUUUUGAGUAAACAACGAGAAGUGUGUACAGUGUGUGCCAGUGUGACGUAUCCCAGUGUGUUAUUCGCGACGCCAUCGAGAGGAAGCUACGAGUUUGAAGUAAAUAUAGAUCUCGUAAUAAACCGAGGAACGUGCUCUCUCGUCUGUCGGCGAGGGGGAAGGGGGGAGAGUGAUAGAAAAUAAUCUCAGCCGGUGUUUUUCCGGCGCGCCGAGAGGUACGCCAACGACGCGCGACGACGGCGGCGGCGGCGUCGGCAUCGGCGAUUGCAAUUUUUUUCCUGCCUUACCGACCGAAAAAAAAGGGCACGCCGUGGACACAAAGAGACGCGACGGCCGUCGACGAGAUCGUUGCUCCUCGUUCCGUCGCUCGUGCUCGAAUGAACGUAACGGCCAUCUAACCCGGCGAUCCGGGACACCGCCGUCGAUUAUCCGCGCGUCAAGAUAGCUACGCACGUUCGAGCGAUCGAGAUGGGACGGUAGUGACGAAUGGAUUGGAGAUCGCCGAUGGAUUUUCGGCGAGGAAACGGGGUGUUGCGGAUCACGUUCACGAUCGCGUCGCGCCGGAACGCACGUCGCGAGACGACACGUCAUCGCCGAGAGUACCGAUCGGAGACGUAGCGGCCACAGUCCUGAAUAUAAUUCGAUUUUUCCGGUCGUCGUCGCUUUUUUUCCGUUAUCGGUUGUUACUCUUGUGUUGUUUGUUAUUGUUAUUGUUGAGAGGAGUUGUACGCACUCGUCGGGGAAUAGUGUAUCGCGUGACAUGACGCGUCUUGGCGCGCUUUAAAAUUUGGGCGCACCUCGCCUCAGUGUGUGUGUGUUGUGUGUGUGAGAUCUAUAUAUAGAUAUACAUAUAUAAAAGUUGUUCCCGUGAACUCGCUAAAGCGGGAAAUCACGCAGGAAGGAUGUAUCCUAGCGCCGGAAUCAACGCAGCCGCCGUGGCCGCCGCCGCUGCCAGGCAUCCGGGUCCACCGCAGCCUGGGCAGCCGUUCAAACUUUCUGUCGGCGAAUCGUGUGAUCGUAUCAAGGAGGAGUUCAAUUUCUUGCAGGCUCAAUACCAUAGCCUUAAAUUGGAGUGCGAGAAACUGGCCAGUGAAAAAAUAGAGAUACAGAGGCAUUACGUGAUGUAUUACGAGAUGUCGUACGGGCUUAAUGUGGAGAUGCACAAACAGACGGAGAUAGCGAAAAGAUUGAACGCCAUCAUCGCACAGAUUCUGCCGUUUCUCUCGCAGGAGCAUCAGCAGCAAGUCGCCACAGCGGUCGACAGAGCCAAACAAGUGACCAUGACCGAACUAAAUACCAUCAUCGGGCAACAGAGGCCCGACUUGCCGAGACUGCUGCAGCAGAUGCACGCCCAGCAAUUGCCGCCUGGCGCGGCGAUGGGGCCACAUCCGGGUAUACCCGGACUUCCUGGAUUGGGCCCGGGUGCCGGUAUACCAGUCCCCACCUCUGCGUCCGCUGCACUUCUCGGUUUGGGCCUCCCCCCGGGAGCGGCCGCCACUCCGGGAGGCACUGCCGCGCAUCCACUGUCGAUGCUGACGAAACCGGAUCUUCAUCGAGGUCAACCUGACGAUCUCAAGCCUAACGGAGGUCUCAAUCCAGCCGAGGAGAGACAUAGAAACUCGAUAUCGCCCGCGGAGCGAGAGAAAUACAGGCCGCGCAGUACGCCCGAUCCGCAGCACGAACAUAUUUUGGGGAAGAAGAUGAAGAAGGAACACGACAAGGACAUAGGCCAUCAAAGCGAUGGUGAAAAGAGCGACCAAGACUUGGUGGUCGACGAUGCGAGCGAGGGUCCGACCAGUCCAGCGGCGAACGGUACCGCAUCGCCACGGGAAAAUGGUCUCGACAAGCUAGGCCCGUCUUCGGUACCUCUGAGUGGUCAGGUAAAAAAGGAAGUACCACCGCCGUCGCCUAGAAGCGGCACCAGUAGUAAUGCGAGCACUCCCUCGGCCAAGAAAAUGGAAGAACGCGAAAAACCGACGACGCCGAUUUCAAAACCGGUUACACCUACGUCGGCAGGUGGUAGCAGUUCCGGUUCCGGUGGCCUGAAACCAUCGAGUUCUAGUAAACCGCUGGUCUCGGCUUCGGUAGUCGGUCCUUAUCCUCCGCAUUAUCCUCCACCGCAUCAUCCGCCAGCGGGACCUCACGUGGACAUGCUGGGCUAUCCCCCGGCGGCGCUCAAUGGUUAUCCUGCGAGACCACCCCUUCAACAGCUCUACGAUCCUCACGCCAGCAUGAGAGCGCCGCUUGGACCGCUCGGUGUACCUCCCGGCGGCAAACCUGCGUACAGUUUUCACGUGUCUAGCGAAGGUCAGAUGCAGCCGGUGCCAUUUCCGCAGGACGCACUUAUUGGCCCGGGCAUACCGCGUCAUGCACGUCAAAUAAACACGCUCACUCACGGCGAGGUGGUCUGCGCCGUGACAAUCUCGAAUCCAACUAAGUAUGUUUAUACCGGUGGCAAGGGCUGCGUAAAGGUGUGGGACAUCAGUCAGGGCGGUAGCGGUAGCGCGAAGCCAGUCUCUCAGCUCGAUUGCUUGCAACGGGACAACUACAUCAGGUCGGUGAAACUGCUGCCUGAUGGCAGAACGCUGAUUGUGGGCGGCGAGGCGAGUAAUCUUAGCAUCUGGGAUUUGGCGAGCCCGACGCCAAGAAUCAAAGCUGAAUUGACCUCUUCAGCACCGGCGUGUUACGCUUUAGCUAUAUCGCCGGACUCGAAGGUUUGCUUCAGCUGCUGUAGCGAUGGCAACAUCGCCGUGUGGGAUCUGCAGAAUCAGACAUUGGUUAGACAAUUCCAAGGUCACACGGAUGGCGCCUCGUGCAUCGAUAUCUCCGCUGAUGGCUCGAAACUCUGGACAGGCGGUCUCGACAAUACCGUGCGUUCUUGGGACCUUCGGGAAGGCAGGCAACUCCAACAGCACGACUUCACGUCUCAGAUAUUCUCCUUAGGAUACUGUCCAACGGGCGAAUGGUUGGCCGUGGGUAUGGAAAAUUCGAAUGUCGAGGUACUCCACGCCACGAAACCAGACAAGUAUCAACUACAUCUGCACGAGUCUUGCGUGUUAUCGUUACGCUUCGCUUCCUGUGGCAAAUGGUUUGUCUCCACCGGCAAAGAUAAUUUACUCAAUGCGUGGCGCACGCCGUAUGGGGCCUCGAUUUUCCAAUCGAAAGAAUCAUCCUCGGUGCUUAGCUGCGAUAUUUCUACGGACGAUAAGUACAUCGUGACAGGAUCCGGCGACAAGAAAGCCACCGUCUAUGAAGUGAUAUAUUGAACGUUGACUCGAUGAUAUAUUUGAACUUUUACUUAUGCAACAUCGAUCGUUUCUUGUGACACUUAGUGUGAUCGAUUUAUGACGGAGGAAUUGAAAAAAAAAUUAAUUUCUUGUAUGCAAAAUGUGACUUGUAUUUCAAGAAGCUGUACGACAAUUGAAUUAAUUUGAUAAAAAUUGACAAGACUUGGUCGAUGUACUAUGGUCGCUAUAUUCAACAGGUUACAUAAAUACGACAUUUCUGAUAACGAGUUCUUAAAACUGAAAAUGACAUGUAAAAACAUUAUGGAGAUAUAUAAUUAUAUAUAAAAGUUACGCAACAUUGAUUAAAGUUUUUGUGACACUCAGUGUGAUUGAUUUAUGAUGGAGGAUUUAUGGCGUCUAGCUGUAUAAAAUUGUAUAGAAUCUAUGAUCGUAAGUAGAAUGAAGCGAAUGAAAUAUGAGAGGAACAAAUGCGUGUAAGUACCCUACGACUGUAUUUAACGUGGGAGGCGAUAUGAAAUCGCUUGUGUAAUAUGUUACUAAUGUAAUAUAGAGUCAUUACAAUUAGGUUCUUUUGUGCGUGCACGAUUGGAGGGAAAAUGGAGCGAGGAAUCGUUUCGUCAAACGAGAUCGUUCUCAUGCAGUAACGAUGAAAUGUAUGUACACCGCGGUGAAAUACCUGAAUACGUACGGAAUGCUGAUCUAGUGUCGUAGACUUGUCAAAGUAGGGAUGUGUAUGUUGUGUCGCAGAAUUAUACAUAAUAUAUUGAGCACACAUGUAGACAGAAUGUUUACGUCAUAUAGCGGAGGAAUUGUAGGGCUAUGAGAAAUCGAUAAGCAUCGAUCACGCUAACAGUGUUGAACAACGCGCAUGUUCAUCGGCAUCGAAGCCAAUAAUGUGAUCUUUGACAUUUCUACCACCGACAAGAGGAAUAAUUUGUACUUAUUACACUUUUAGUUUUAAAUAACGAUUCUUUUAUAAUUAUAUGGCACUGUUGCGUCUGCCGUUAAGACUUUAUUGUAAUUGAGAUUUUAUAAACGUCGCGCGAAUGGAGACAGUGAUAAAAAAAAAAAAAUAAAAAAUAAAUAAAAAACGGCGAAAGAUACUUUUUGAUCUUUUGCAGUAAUUACGUAUAUUAAUUAGGAAACUGGCUUUCAUACGGCUAUCACACAAGCGGUAUCGAAUACAAAUAGAAAUUCUAUAAGUUGCGCCCGUAUGCGCGUGGAUUCUUGAUAUAAUGUACAUUGUCUUGACUGCCAUAAUAGGCAUAUACAUACCACGCACACGCAUAUGUGCGUAAAUAUACACUCCCACACACAUACACGCACUUACAUACAUACACGAGCGAGCGGACCACGUUCGUAAGCGGAUUUUGCAGAAUAUUCGAUAAAGUAUUUUUGUGACUAUUCAUCAUGACCCUAGACUUAACCAUCCGGUCGAGUGCGAUCGACCACGCGUUCGUCUAUAACGACUGCAACGAGGCGACAUGAAACGAGGCGAGAGACACAUUUGAGCAACUCUUACACUACUCUUUGGUGCAGUUUAUAAAGCCAGAAUUGCAUCUGGACUUAGGGUACUAGCUAGCGCAUUAUUAUUCGGAAAUUGUAUGGUGAAAGCGGGUGAUGCGUAAUGGAGAUUUAUAUUUUGUUACAGGAAGGCACAUAACAUGUUGACACCGCUGUGAUCGUCCGAAAUUCAAUUCCGCAAAUACAAUACUGCCGCGAUAAAAACCUUAAUAGAUGAAUAAAAACUUUCCACGACAUGAUAACGUUCCACACACGUGCCGUUUUACGAUACGCAGACUGACGAAUCGAUGAACGAGAUUCGAUUUUGGACGAGCACAGCUCCGAUCAUAUAGACCAAUAGAAACAACGAUACCUCAAGAAGACUCAAUAGUUAUUAUCUCUAACUCAUUGACUUGUACAGAAUUGAUAUUCUUUUACAGUUGAGAAUAACACAUGCACUGUGGGAAAAAAAGAAGCAUUACGCGAGACAAAGGAA